AUGGGCGGACUUCGCGCGGUCGAGGACCGGCCCACGCCAAAGGAAGUGUACAACAGGCGUCUGUACACCGAGUCUCUCAUCAUUGCCAUGGGAUCUUUACUCUUUGGAUAUGACUCGGCAUUUAUUGGGACGACGAUUGCGCGCAAGAGUUUCGUGAAUGACUUUGAUAUCACCCCGGAGACGUCAAAGGAGACAUCGUCCAACAUUACUUCAGCCUUCCAGGCCGGCGCAUUGGGUGGUGCGCUUAUGUGCUUCUUCAUCACUGAAUAUGUUGGCCGCAAGUGGGCACUCAUCAUCAGUAACAUCGUCUUUCUUGCUGGCGCCAUCCCAAUGGUCGCUGCCACCAACGACCUCGCCUCGAUGUAUGCCGGCAGAGCACUCACCGGCUGGGGCUGUGGUGUUAUCACGGCCACGGUACCUUCUUACAUUGCCGAGCUGUCAGUCCCCUCAAUACGAGGUAUUCUCACAGGUCUCUUUGAGGUCACGUACCAGACAGGGUCUUUGAUUGGUUUCUGGAUCAACUAUGGCAUUAAUCAGAACAUGGACCCCAUAAGUUCUGCAUCGUGGCGUGUGCCGAUGGCUGUCCAGCUCAUUCCCUCCGGAGCCCUAUUGAUUGGCGGAUUCCUGCUUCAUGAGUCGCCCUUGUGGCUGUACCGCAAGGGCCGUGAAGAGAAUGCGAACAAGAACCUUGUCGCUUUACGACACUUGCCGAUUGACCAUCAAUACCUGCAAGAGGAGGUGGAAAUGAUCCGUGCCAGACUUGCUGAGGAGGCCUCGGUUGCGGCGACGUAUGGCGGUGGGUUCUACGCCUACAUCCGAGGAUCGCUGCACGAACUCUCACGGAAGGGAAUGUGGAACCGUUUACUCCUAGUCUUUUGCUCCUUUGCUUUGCAGAAUAUGUCUGGUGCUGCGGCUAUCAACUACUAUUCUCCCAUGCUCUUUGGCUCCAUUGGUAUCAGUGAUGUGGCCUUGUACACAGGUAUCUAUGGUCUUGUCAAGGCCGUGGCCUCCAUCAUCUUUUAUGGCGCGCUUAUCGACAUCUGGGGCCGACGGAGACCUACGAUCAUUUCAUCUCUGGCCUGCUCUCUCUGCUUAUGGUUCGUGGGUGCCUAUGUCAAGGUCGGCAACCCGGCCCCGAUCAUCGCGGCUGGAGGAGACCUUUCUGUCUCAACCGAGGCUGGUGGCCGCGCUGCUACAGCCGCCAUCAUGAUUUACUCAGUAUUCUGGUCCUUCGGUCUAAAUGGUAUUCCAUGGAUCGUCUCCGCUGAGAUCUUUCCCGGUGCUCUCCGCAAUUUGACUGGAACCUUUGCCGCUUUCACUCAGUGGCUGAUCCAGUUCAUCAUCACAAAAGCUCUUCCUUACAUCUUCAGUAGUCUUGAUUAUGGUGUUUGGUUCUUUUUUGCAUGCUGGAUGCUCACAGCCACCAUCUGGGCAUUCUUCUUCUUACCUGAAACGAAGGGGGUCACAAUUGACCAGAUGGAUAUUAUAUUUGGCUACGACGGGGAUCGUCGCACUCAAGCCCCCGCUCUGAAAUCUGAUGAUGCGAAGAGCGUGGAACAAGACGUUCGAGAAGUUGAUGAUGCGAAUUGA